AUGGACAUGCGUUUUAUGUACGAAAGCUGUUUCGUUAAUUGCAGCCCCGGUGAAUCAGAGCUAUAUCAUGGACCAAGUCCUAAUUGUGGCCCGUGGAAAGAAAUUUCUUAUUGCUCAGGCUUGAUAGAAACUGGCCGCGCACGCAUCCAUAAGCGAAGAGAGAGCGAGGUGGGUUUACUGCCUUAUCGGGGAUCAAUUAAGGAUCAUACUCGCUUAUUAGACAUCUGUCAAGAUGCCUUGCGAGUCUUGACUAAUGAUCCUCGUAUCCAAGAAGCUGCUCUAUCGACGCCACUCUAUACGGACUUGCACAAGCGAAAUAUAUACGCCUCUGUAAGUGACACUGCAGUCAUCGUCGGGAUUAUCGAUUGGCAAUCUACAAGCACCGAGGCCUCGUUUGUGUAUUCCAAUGAAAUAUCUGACGUCGCUUCUCUCCACAGCGAAGACUGCCCCAAGGACGAUGCAUCGGCCUCUCCACAGUAUGAACGGAGGGUUAAAGAUGCUUCCAUUUGUUAUCAGACCUAUGACGUUGCCAUGAAAGGUUUCGUAACAAAGCUGCGUCUUGCGAGGAAUUCGGACCCGACUUUAUUCUGCCCGUUCCUCCAAGUUACCUACUGCUAUACAUCGUGGAGAGACAGUGCGACUGCUCUCUGCCAGGAGCUGAUAGACCUUUCAGCGCGAUGGGCAGAGCUUGGAAUACAGAUCCCAGCCCUUAUUUCCCCAGUCAAGCGGAAUUGAUGGAACAUUCCCGCCUAUAUAAUGAUUAUCAUUUUGAGGUUAGCGACUUACCUCACAGUUGCUGCUUGAGUCGCUCUACUCAUGACAUCACGGGUCUUGGCAGUCCCCAUGCC